CUUAGAACCGGAAAUAAUACAGCAUACACAACGCUGGGGUUUCUGUGCCACACGUGGGUCUCUGUGUCAGAGUAAGUUAUGUUAUAUUGUUUGUUUAAAUAAAACAAAACAUAAAAGUAUGCCAAAGAGAGCGAAGGCCAAGUCGGAGGAAAAGCCUCCAGCAGAAGAGCGGGUCGAGGAGCUGCUAAUGGAGGGCCGGCGGACCCGCAGCGGCCGCACGGUGCGCCCUUCUACCGCGCUGCUAGACUCCAAAACCCCAGUAAAGACUCCCAGCAGGAGGACAAGGAGGUCCGUCCGCCAGGAUCUCCCGCCGCCGGUGGAAGAGCAAAUCCCUGAGGAUACGGAGCAGAAGUCACCGUUACUGACCGUGGAGGAACCCGAUGUGCCUAGAGAACCAGAGCCCACAGAAUGCACCGAACCAGCAGAACCAACAGAGCCUUCAGAGCCGCAGCCCCCCCUGACAACAGCGGUGGAGCCAGAAUCACCUGAGGAUGGAGAACACCGACUGCCCUCACCUGUACCAGUAGAAACAGCUCCACAAGGUUCGGAUAGCAUCCCUAAGAAGAAGCCUCGCCUGGCUCCAAACACUAAACAGAUCCCGGUGGUUCCACUGGGGAAACCGAAGUCAGGAAGAGUGUGGAAGGAGCGCAACAAGCAGAGGUUCUCUGCUCUGCUUAGAGACAAACCACUGUGCUCCUCCUGGGAGAAGAAGAUGCAGGCCAAGCGUGAAAAGGACCUUGUCAAACAGUUCACAGCAAAGCUGAAGGAGGAGAAGGCUCAAAAGAUGGAGGAGAAGAGGAAAAGACGAGAGGAGAACCUGAAACGGCGAGCAGAAAACGAACGCAAGGCUGAGAUUGUGCAAGUGAUCCGCAACACGGCCAAGAUCAAAAGGAUGAAGAAGAAGCAGCUGAGGAAGGUUGAGAAGCGAGAUACUCUGGUUCUGCUUCAGAAGUCACAGAAGCAGAACAUGCCAAGCAAAGUGAAGAAAGAUGUUAAGCAAGAUUUAACUUAAAAACUGUCUGCUAAUAAAUCCCAACUAUUCAGAAAA